AUGUCUCAAUAUAUUGGGAAAACUAUAUCUUUAAUCUCAGCAAAGGAUAGCCGUUAUGUUGGGUUAUUACAAGGUAUAGAUUCAGAGAAAGGGAUAGUUACACUAUCUCAAGUUAGAUGUUUUGGUACGGAGGGCAGAAAAAACUGGGGUCCAGAAGAAGUUUACCCACAUCCCAACGUUUAUGAAACUGUUACUUUUAAUGGGAAUGAUGUUAAAGAUUUAAAUAUCUUGGAUGUUCCAUUGCAUGAGGUUCAACCGGUCCUACCACCUGUACCACUGCAACAACAGCAACAACAACAACAACAACAACAACAACAACAACAACAACAACAACAACAGUUUUUAUCGCCACAAAAUAUUCAAAAUCCCAACGGCCCGGUAGUUCCUCCCGCUGUUUCAGGAUACGGAGUAUAUGCACCUAGUGAAGAGGAAAGACAAAAACAGCUGCAAAAAGAAAAAGAAGAUGAAGCAAAAAAAAUAAAUGAACAAAUGGAAGAAAAAACCAAGGCGGUUACUUCGGACCCAACCACUGACACCACUACAUCCACUACUUCUGAUUACAACAACAGCAGAUCUAGAUACGGUAACCAUAAUCAUAACCAUAACUACAAUAAGUUUCAACACAACAAAAUCGAUAUACCAGCUGAGGAUUUUGAUUUUGAAAGAAGUAACGCGAAAUUCAUCAAAAACAACGGUGAAAAAGACCAAGAACUUGAUAUUCAGGAAACAGAAGAUAAGACAAGUGGCAGUGGUGGUGAUGAUCCUUCCGUCAAUAGUGAAGAAAACAUCUCAUUCUAUGACAAAAAAUCGUCCUUUUUUGAUUCAAUUUCCACAUCUACUGAUAAAAAUACCAAUAUGAGAUGGAAUGAAGAACGUCAAUUAAAUAUGGACACUUUUGGACAGUCAAGAAUUUUUAGAGGUGGUCAUCGUGGUGGUUAUCGUGGAGGGCAUUAUAACAAUAAUAAUGGCGGUAGAGGUGGUGGUCGUCGCUAUUAUAAUAAUAACACACGUGGCAGAGGAGGAUAUAACCGUGGUGGGUUCAAUAACAGAGGUGGACAAAGCGGUUAUUAUAAUAAUAACAAUCAUAAUCAUAAUCAUAAUAACAGAUAUACUAAUAAUAAUAAUAAUAGCAAUGUUAAUACUAAUAACGACAGCAACAUUUCCCAGCCACCACAAAAAAUUGAAUUUUGA